AUGGCCCUUACUAAUUUUUUCCAGGACCUUUCUACACACAUCGACUGGAUAUUAUUUUUCCUCUGCUUUGGCUUCGUCCUGUGCUUUGGAUCUUUUACUUUCGUAAUUGUUCAUUGUAUUGUGCAGGUGGUUCAGGCAGCCAUCGCUUUCUACCUAUUCGACAUCAUUUAUUACUUCAUCUACGAGGAGGAAAGUACACAGUUCUUCGCCGAGCUCAUCUCCCAUAUCCUCUCCGCACGCCUUGAGCUCAAGAGUUUUAUCCUACUGCUGUGCCUACUCUUCACUGUCCAUCAUUCCAUUAAGGAGAUUGCCUUUGUACUCUGCGAAAAGAUUCUCGCGCCAAACACAACCAUCAUUCUAGAUUGUCCCAAGCAUCGUGAGUAUCGCAUCCAGUCCUUCAGCCCCCAGCUCCCCCAGCUCGACGAUGAGAUGGCCCGCAUUCAUCCCCUUAAGUGGGAGAAACCUUCUACAUCUACUAACUCUAACUCCCCCAAGGAUUCGGACUCUGAAUCCCCUGAACUAUCCUUCCCGUCUUCUUCGAACAGUAAUAUGCGUCAUCCCUGGGGAGUGUUCGAUUACCACAUCUACCUCUCACACAUCGAAAGUAAACGCGACGAACUCCAUCGCAAGAAAGAGUGCCACCUCCUAGAGACCACCGGCUUCAGACAAGUCACUCUACACGACGAGCCGGAGCUCGGCAAUAUCCCAGCCAACACAACCCCCACAGUACUCUUCGUGAGUCUCCCCGUCCCCGACAUGCGGGACGAACCUAGUAACGCCAGGUUAGUGCUCGGCUUCGAUCUGAAUUCCGACCGCUUGCAGGGUUAUUUCUUCGAGUCCGAGGCUCCAAUUGAGAACUACGAGGAUCUCUGGCAGGUCUGGAACCAGGGUGGGGGCGAGCGUGUUAUUGAUGUUCCCGUCGAGCGUUUCCUGGCUGUUAUUCGCCAUACUAUGCAGCAGCAGAUUGAGAUCCUGGAGAUCGGCGUCCUGCACCACUAUGGUCUGACUACACGCGGGUUCCCGGCUGGCUUGGAUAUGGUUAUUGCUGUGCAGUUCUUGCAGUUCGUGGAUGACUUCGCUGAGCUCCUCACUAAGGAGACUUAUGAGUUUCGUGGGCUUUAUUUGCCUCUCCAGGAUGAACUGCGGAAUAUACUUGAGGGUGGCUCCCGGGAUGCUUGGUUUGCUGUUCGUGAUGGACUUAAUAUCCAGCAGUAUCGCCAGAGGCAGUUGAAGAAGGUUGUUGCUUCCAGUCUGUUCCAUGGACAGAAUAUGGUCGUGCUACGAGAAGGGCCUUCCAAGACUCAUCAAAAGGAGAAGAGGUCUCGUCCUGUUAGGAUUAUUCCACAUCACUCAUCUCCAUGGUCAUGGUCGAAGCUGCAGAUGCAGGUCUUGCGCGAGCGAGUUUUGUGUGUUGGGAUGUUCUGA